CUGGUUACAGUCAGGGGCCCACCAGCACCAGGCUGGACUCGGGGCAGAGAGGACGCAAGACCAUGGAGGGGAAGAUGCAGCCCGUGCUGUGGAUGCUCUGUGCAGUCUGGGUGACUGUCCACGCCAUCUCUGUGGAAACCCCAAAGGAUGUUCUUCGGGCUGCUCGGGGAAAGAGCGUUACCCUUCCAUGCACCUACCAAACUUCCUCCCUCAACCGAGAAGGAUUUAUCCAAUGGGACAAGCUUCUAAGGAGUCAUACGGAAAGGGUGCUCAUCUGGACAUUUUCGACCAAAACUUACAUCUACGGUGAACUUUAUCAGAACCGUGCCAAUGUAUCAAGCAACGUUGAGCAGUCAGAUGCCUCCGUCACCAUUGACCGGUUGACCAUGGAUGACAACGGCACGUACGAGUGCUCUGUCUCACUGCUGUCGGACCUGGAUGGUGUCUCCAAGUCACGCGUCCGCCUCUUGGUCUUGGUGUCACCCUCCAAGCCAGACUGCAGCAUCGAGGGAGAGACUGUGAUUGGAAACAACAUCCAGCUGACCUGCCAAUCAAAGGAGGGCUCCCCAGCCCCUCAGUACAGCUGGAAAAGUUAUGAUGUCCUGCACCAGGAGCGUCAAGUCGCACCAGUCACAGGACAGAUCUUCUCUCUGAAGAACAUCUCCACAGAAAUGUCGGGUUACUACAUCUGCACCUCCAGCAAUGAUGUAGGGAUGGAGUCCUGCAACAUCACUGUGGCUGUCAGACCUCCCUCCAUGAACGUGGCCCUGUACGCGGGCAUCGCGGGGGGCGUGGCCGCGGCACUCCUCAUCAUCGGCAUCAUCGUCUACUGCUGCUGCUGCCGGGAGACUGGCAAGGCUGAGGAUGCGGAGGUCACGCGGCCGAAUCGGGUGGGCUACCAGGAGCCACCGGAGCAGCUGACAGAGCUUUCCAGAAGACAGGAAGAGGGGGCCGAGGAUGACUACAGGAAUGAAGACCAGAGGGGCCCCAGCCGAGAGUCCCUUGACCAGGCUGGCCGAUGACCAGGGCCUGCUGCAGGAGGGGGUCGGGGGGGCAUUAGGGGCUCAUGCCCCUGCCUCCAUGCCUCCCCUCUCCUUUCCAAGCCCCACUUUUCUGACCCUUGGUCCCAGUCAUUGAUGGGAUGCUUCUUCCCCCAUGUCGGUUGCUGGAGGAUUUGGCUUGGCCUGGCCAAGGAGAUCUCACUUGUGACUGAGCUUGUCAAGGGCCCUCACCUUCGAAGUUGCCCUCGCAUGGCUGCGCCCGGCUCAGGGCCCCACCCUCACCCUGGACUAGGCAGCAGCCUCCACCUCCCCAUGGCGUUCCUGCUCCAUCGGGGUGACACCAGCCUCAGGAGAGCCGGAGUCGCCCUCUCCACCUGUGUGCCUAGCACCCAGGGGAACGGCUCCUGGCAGAGGUUUUGUGCACAAUACAUUUUUGUUGAAUGAAUGAAAGAAUAAAUGAGUAUGUAAAGCAGUCCCUUCAUUUGUGCAGCUUUGGUGCUUUGGACCCACGUUGGCCUGGCCUCAAGCUCCCUUUCCUCCUACCUGUCCCUCCAGGCCCAUCUCAGAUCCCAGUGAAUUCUAUAACCCCAUCCUAAUCUCCCACACAGAUGGGGACCAUCUUGUUACUUUGUCCCACGCCCAUUCCGGGCCACAUGGCACAGUUGUCUGAGCAUGUCUCUCCCCCUGUGCUACAGUGGGAGCACCAGGGGGCAGGACAUGGGCCUCACUCCCUCUCUGCUCUCCCCAGAGUCCUCGCAGCCGGCAGCCCUCCUAGCGGGUGCUCAAUCCAGCUUAACUGGGGAAACUGCUUUGGUAGGUUGGGCCUUCCGCUCUCUGAUCUCCCUGAUGGGAUUGUGGACACCAAGAGGACUCCCACCCAAACCCACUUACUAGUUUCAUGAUUUAAGUGGGAGAUAAUUUAAAUAAUGAACACACACCCAUGUGAGCACAGACACAGGAGCUAGUUUGCAGCCGGUCCUGGAUUCUCAGAUCAUAGUGAUUCCUCUCAAGACCAGAGUAACUGACAUGUCCACCUCUGUUUCCUGAUACCUAACCCCUGCCCCGACCUUGCCCGCUCCUGACUUGGCUGGGCUGCUGGCUCUGCUUUGCUGGCUGGGCUGUCCUGCUGCCCCUUCCACAGCCUCUCCCCUGUUGGUCGAAUAUUCUGCUCCUAAGAGCUCAGGCAGUGUCCUGGCUGCUUGGGUCUUGUGACCCAGUGGCCAGUCCCACCCAAAUGCAAUUUACU